AUGAACGCAGAUGGUGUUCAUAAACACAGUGCCUUAUUCACGGAUUUCGCCAUUUGCAGGGGAUAUGAGAACGGGCGGCCACGCUGGGCCGGCCUGGAGCUGCAGCUGGCGGCGCUGGAGCUGCAGCCGGGCGGCAAGAAGAGCCCGUGCCCCGGCCCCUGCCCCUGCCUGCUACCCGCCCCCGCGGCCGAGGAGACCAGCGACGCGCUGCUGGUGCUGGAGGCGCUGGAGCCCGACGAGGCUGGCAGCUGCUCCGAGGACGACCCGGCGAGCCCUGCCCGGGCACCCACCGAGCCGCAGCCCCUGGUGUCUGCCCCAGGGGGGAGGCCUGUGAGCCGCCCGCCGCCAGGCAUGGGGGCGGGAGGCGGGCCCCGCCGGGGGUCUCUAAAAAUCCGCCUCAGCCGCCUCUUCCGCACCAAAAGCUGCAGCGACCCUGCCGCAGCUGCUGCUGCAGCUGCUGACAGGAGGCGCUCAGGGGAGCUGCCCACCUCAGCCGGGAGCCUCACUGAUGUGUCCAGCGCCAGGGGCCGGGAGCACGAUGCGGGCAGGAAACCCAGAUUGACGAGAACUCAAAGUGCCUUUUCUCCGGCCGCUUUCAGCCCCCUCUUCACAGGUGAAACUGUGUCACUAGUGGAUGUGGACAUCUCUCAGCGAGGACUGACCUCUCCUCACCCUCCGACUCCUCCACCUCCGCCGCGAAGAAGCCUCAGCCUGCUAGAUGAUAUCAGUGGGACGCUGCCUACAUCUGUCCUAGUGGGUCCGAUGGGGUCUUCCCUGCAGUCUUUCCCUCUGCCUCCGCCUCCUCCACCCCAUGCCCCAGAUGCGUUUCCGCGGAUUGUCCCACUCCGACCGAUGGAGGCAGUGCCCAGCCAGCCCUCCCAGCAUCUUCAGUGCCCCCUCUACCGACCAGACUCAAGUAGCUUUGCAGCCAGCUUGCGAGAACUGGAAAAAUGUGGAUGGUACUGGGGACCGAUGAACUGGGAAGAUGCAGAGAUAAAGCUGAAAGGGAAGCCAGAUGGGUCCUUCCUGGUACGAGACAGCUCUGACCCUCGUUACAUCUUGAGCCUAAGCUUUCGAUCGCAAGGUAUCACUCAUCACACUCGGAUGGAGCACUACAGAGGAACCUUCAGCCUGUGGUGUCACCCCAAAUUUGAGGACCGCUGUCAGUCUGUGGUAGAGUUCAUUAAGAGAGCAAUCAUGCACUCAAAAAAUGGGAAGUUCCUUUACUUCUUGCGAUCCAGGGUUCCAGGUCUCCCUCCAACUCCAGUCCAGCUCCUGUAUCCUGUUUCCAGGUUCAGCAAUGUCAAAUCCCUCCAGCACCUUUGCCGCUUCCGCAUUCGGCAGCUCGUCCGCAUAGAUCACAUUCCAGAGCUCCCACUGCCUAAGCCUUUGAUCUCCUACAUCCGGAAGUUCUAUUACUACGACCCACAGGAAGAGGUGUACCUCUCACUGAAGGAAGCCCAGCUUAUCUCAAAACAGAAGCAGGAGACUGAAUCCUCAACGUAGCGAGGCUGCCUUGUCUGUCUUGUUGCUGUCCCUGAUGUUAGGAAUUUGGCUGCCAACCUCCUGUAGCAUGGACCCCCAACAAGGCUACAGUGGCAAGGAGGCUCAGGAGGGAGGAGCCCGGCUCUGCAAGACCAACUUCUGCUCUUUUGGCUCUUUUGUACCCUGCCAAGAAGCACAGCGGCAUGGGGGUGCGGACCUCAGCUCCCAGCUCAGCAGAGGAGCCGUGGAGGGCACAGACAAACACAGCCUCUUCGCAGAACAAAGAAUGUCACAGCACUAUUGACUGGUUAUUUUUUGGAAAGUUUUAUUUUUGAUGUCUUCAUUUUUCCAGCAUGGGAAGUACUGUCUUAAGAGUGGCUGGAUUUCUGUCCCUUACCGUGAGCAAAAGGCAGGGGAAGAGAAGGGGGGCUGUCUAACAAGCUCACCUGAUCCAGCCAUGCUGGAGAAACUGCCCCUCAGCUCCUGCUGAUGUGGGUCCAGCCCAAGAGCUGCUCUGAAGCAGACUGAGCCAGAUUUGUGUGC